AUGAGUUCUCACGCUCAAACACCCCGGUGUAUUAUCAUUCGUCAUGGCCAAACUUCUUGGUCCAAAUCAGGACAGUAUACGUCAAUCACAGAUCUCGAUUUAACAGAUUAUGGCAUCAAGCAAAUGAAGGCAACUGGUGUGGCGCUGAUUGGAACCAAUUCCUCAAAUCUCAUUCAGGCACAAGAUCUUAAACUGGUCAUUAGCUCUCCCAGAACCAGAGCGAUUCACACUCGUGACCUCUUACUAGAAUCAUUAUCUUCCGAUGAAAAGGCACACAUCCAAUUUGAUAUUGACAAUGAUAUCAGGGAAUGGGACUACGGUGAUUAUGAAGGUCUGAAAACAACUGAGAUACUUAAAUUGAGGGAAAGUCGAGGUCUCGGAUCUGAUUGGGAUAUUUGGUCUAAGGGUUGUGAGAACGGAGAAGACUAUAUUCAGAUUACAAAGAGAGUGGACGCCGUGAUAGAUCGGAUUCGUACAGUACACAAAAAAGCAUUAGAAGCAGGUCAAGCUUGUGAUGUACUUGUUGUCGGCCAUGGGCAUAUUCUGAGGUGUUUUGCCGCUCGCUGGUUGAAAAGAGAGAUCAACCAAAACCCCCAGCUUAUCUUAGACGCUGGGGGGGUUGGGGUCCUCAGUUAUCAGCACAACAACAUCAACGAACCUGCCUUGUCGCUCUCCGGGGCUUUCGUCGUUAAUGAGGAUGACAUUAGUUCAAGUAUGUAG